AUGGCUCACGACCCGCGUCGUCCUCAUCGUCAGGACACUUUCGACCUUCGCGACCAAAUCAUGACCGACGCAUCCAACGCGUAUCAGCACCAUCCUCAAGGCGGGGGUCAUCAACAACACGGAGGGCAAUACGAAGACGAGGACCAUAGUAUACUCGAAGAUGAUUCGGAAAACGAAGACGGCGACGAGCAGGACGAAUUCAUGGACGAAGAUGACUCGUCGUCGCUCUCGAUACCAAACGAAUCCAUCGAUUUUGAUCUCGUUUAUUCACUCCAUACAUUUGUCGCCACCGUCGAAGGCCAGGCCAACGUAGUCAAGGGAGACAGCCUGUUCUUGAUGGACGACAGUAAUAGCUAUUGGUGGCUCGUGAGGGUUCUGAAGACGCAAGAAGUAGGGUAUAUCCCAGCAGAGAAUAUUGAGACGCCGUUUGAACGGUUGGCAAGGCUGAACAAGCACCGAAACGUCGAUCUCGCAGCAGCAUCACCUGAAGAACGCACGCAUGAUCCCGUGGCCGUUCGUGCGCAAAUUGCCGUCAUUGCUCAAAGACAGGGCCCAUCUCACCCAGCACACCCAUCGAACCCUGUCUGGAAUGAAGAGGAGCAGGAAGGGUGGGAGGAAGACAAUUACGAGAGCUACGAUACGGGCCUCGAACAUCCCCUCAACGACGAGGAGGAAUGGGACGAAGACAAUGAUGAUGAUCAGUGGGAUGAUCUGGGGAAUAAUGAAAAUGGACCGUCCUUCGCACAUCAGCAGGAAACGCCUCCCCAAGGCACUCCCCCUCUGGCGUUGCAACAACAGAGAUCGCAGCCACAGCAAGGCCAACAAAUGCGUGGUCAACAAAACCCACAAUAUAUGCAGGACCCGCAGCAACAGCAACAGCAACAGCGCGGCAUGCAACAAGGGCAGCAAGCAGCACAGGGCGAGCAUACCGUGCAGCACCAGGGAUCUACCAACUCUCUUCGUCAAGAAACUUCAAAUUCGUCCCUUCGCCAACAAGGAUCGAGGGAACCGCUCUCCCCAGAAGCUAGAUCUAACCCAUCCUCUGGCUCAGUUUCUCCCGGUGCCGCUGGUGGAAGUCCCAAUGGUACCCCUGGUGGUAGCAAGGUAUUCGACCCAGAAGCACUGGACAGCAACGAGACCAGGAAAAUCAGUGUUACUCCUUCGGUCGCGCGUGAUCAGCAGUACAGCAGAGGGAACCAAGCACCAGCUUCGAGUGGUACCUCUGGACCAUUGCUCCCAAGUGCCAUUCUCGCUGCUCAGGACGAUGAACGCAAGCGUAUACGAGAGGAGCUCGAAGAGGACGCUCGUAAGCGAAAGCUUCGCGACAACCAGGAACGUAGCCCAAGCCAACAAUCCAAUCGAACAGACGGAGGCAAGGGCAGCGGCAAGCUCACCAAGGCUCCUGGAGGAAAAGAAGCACAGUCGAACAAGGAGAAGGAGAAGAAUGAACGAGAACGCGAAAAGGAGGAUGAGAGUGGCAGGAAGAGAGGCGUUUUCGGGGGCUUGUUCAAACGCAAGGACAAGUCAGAGAAGACGUCCACCACAGCUCGUCGUGAAGAAGAAUAUGCUCGUGGCGGAUCUAUCAGCACGAGUGACGAGGGUGCGAAUGGCAGUAUCAGGAGCGGACAGUCUAACGAACGACCCGGUCAAAGCCAGGAGCAAGGCCAUGGGCUCCGAGUGCAGCAACAGGAUAUGAAGCAGCAAGCGGCGUACCAGCAAUGGAUGAAAUCCACCGCAAACGAGCCAGGCCCACAACCGUCCUAUGGUCUCCAGUCGGCUAGUGCAUACCUACCCAACAAUUCAUCCUCCGGAAACUUGCGACCUGGUGCGAUGAAGCCUGGUACCAACACCAGUCCAAGUGGGGUCACACAGUUUGGCGAACGUACUUUGGCCACGUCGCCCAAGUCCGGAAGCGACAUGCUCAUGGGAAGUCCCGGAUCUUCCAGCGGACAUCAGCGACCUGGUUCCCUUAUCCUCACUGCCGCAGGACUCGGCUUCCAAGGAGGAGCCAAUGUUCCGGAGCUCAGUGUCAUGCGAGUCUUUGCGGGAGCAAACCUCUCCACCGAGGCGACUUUCAAGACCGUUCUCCUGAACUCGUCUACGACAGCCGGCGAUCUCGUCAAACAGGCCAUGCAACGCUUCCGUGUCGCGGCGGGAGAGGACGCUGCGGAUUACUAUCUGACUGUCAAAACGCAGUUCGAAGGGUCCUUCACCACUCUACAAAACAAUGAGAAGCCACUGCAGGUCUUUGAAGAGAUGGUCGAUGCAAAUGCCCGUGACGAAAUUCUGCCCACCAUCAAGAGGAGCUCUAUUGCCAGUAUCUCCAGUCUGAGCUCUAAUUUAUCAAUGCAUCCGGCCAUCCGACGACUUCCCAUGAACGACUUCACCGACGACAGCGCCGUCAAGUUUUAUCUCAACCGCUUUGAUACCGACAAGGAUCAUUCGGCGCAUCACGGAAGACUCCAUGAGGAGAACCGUCUCGCCAAUGCAAGGAUUGAGAGCCACAUGUCUAUGGGUAGCACCACGGACGAGGAUCCUUUCAGUGACGGCGUCUCAAUCGCAGCGUCGACGAGUUCCAACAAUGUUGCCCAUGAGCGCCUCACUGCACCAACUGCUCGCUUUGCCAUGCAAGUGCUCAUCUAUCCAGACGAUCUUCCUGAAGGAAUGGUCUUCGACCCGCACACGGAGCGAUCGUUCCAAAGGCGACGCUCAAGGACCGCACCCCUCUCAGCUCGACGGCGAGUCCAGAACACUACUGUCGCCGAAGUGAUCGAGGUCAGUUUGGAACGGUUUGGCAUUAGCGAGGGCGUUGUGGAUGGAGGCGACGAGGUGGAGGAUAAAAACGUCAAGCGUCGCAGUGCAAACCGGGUUCGUUAUGGCCUUAGCUGUCUUAGUGACGGCCAAGAAAAGGAGCUCCUACCCUCUAGCAAAGUUGUUGAUGCUUUCGGUCGACCACCGUCCUUCCGAAUGGCCGACCAGCGGCGCUCUUUGGACGGAAAACGUCGAUCUGCAGAUGCAACCAUGCUCCUUGGAACUGCAGAGGAUGUGCGCGCAGGCGAUCCAGAAUUCAUCCUCCGUCGCGCGGUCGCGUACAAGAUGAAUAAUACCCCACGAUCUCGCCUCUCGGCACCCCUCGACGAAUUGGCACUCUCCCGCAUGCAUGCUCAACGAGAGUCGAUCACGGCAUCCGAAGCAAGUACGAGAGACGACGAUACCAACUCCAAUGGUGCAACACCUCGUCCGGGCGCCAAUCCACCAACCGCUGUCCGGCUUCCGCCUGCUCAACUAUCUCGCCAGGAGAUCAUCGCGGCUCAGCGCGAGAGAACUCGAGCAAGUCAAAAGGCUAUUCUCUCAGCGCAAGCAAACUCGGAGCAAGGCGUAGAUAUCCACUUACCUGACAAGGCGAGGAUACGCAGCUCGUUCAUUGGCUCCGACGAGAUGUACCGGUACUCAUAUGUGGACCCAGAGGGGGCAACUUAUGACAUUUCCGAGAUUGUGGAAGAGGAGCUACGCGGCCAUCCCUCACCAUCUCAUCGUGAUGGCUCCUCAUCCGGUCAUGGAGGACGAAAGGACCUUUUGCAGGGUGCUCUUGGCCGUGAUGGGGUCGGCGAAAUUGGACAGCAUGCGAUUGGCGAAAAGAUCGACAGGGUUCUCCACAAGAUCAAGGAUAAUCCCAAAGUCAGCACUCCAGACGGCAGGCGCAUCUCCGCUGUGUAUACGGAUAACCAAGUCGUGACUCCUCCGUCGCGACCCGAAAGAGCCGCCGAGAGAGCACCAUCACGAAGCAAUACGCCAAGUGGUGGUCCAGGUGCGAAGAUUGUCGCAUCUAGGGCGGUAGGACAGGAGCACAAGGCGAAGCAGGCAUCUGUGCAGUCUUUAGAGUCGGAAGCAAGUGCAUAUGAGUCCACCGCCAGCACUCCCAACAAGCCUGAUACUGCCUUCGCAACGUCGCAGAAACCUCGUGGCUCGCCCAAUCGAAGUGUCCUUGAUGAGGGCACCGAGGAAGACGUUUACCUCCCGCCAGAGUCCAACCGCAAGCGACCUCUCCUCGUUCUCAAGGAUCACGACCUCGGAUUAUCCAGAAUGCUCGCGGUCAUCGAGAUGAAUGCUUCGAUGAGACCGCCGGCGCCGUGGCAGAAGCAAGAUCGCACACCGAGUCGGCACAGGCUGCGCCGACAGCAGAGCAUGCUUUCAAGCGACAAUGUUGUCGAUGAAGUUCUCUUUGGCCCGACAGUCGAUAUGGAGGAGUUGCAUCCUCGAGUAAGGGAGAUUUAUGAGCCAAUGGCCAAGCGUUUGGACGCACUCGACAAGGAGAUUGAUAAUCUUUUGCUCGGUGCUCUGAAGCUCUCGCAGCGAGGCUGA